AGAGCCCGACCCCGCCCAGCCCCAGCGGCCAGGAGAAGAGAAGCAGCAAACAGGUGCCCAGAACAGCGCUGCCAGCGGCUCUCACAGCCCAGCCGAGAAUUGAAAUGGACCUCCGAAACACCUCCGCCAGGGACCUAGACAGAUUCAUCGAGAACUAUCUCCUGCCAAACGAAGCAUUCCGAAAGGAGAUCAAAGCAGCUGUCAACAUUAUCUGCGAUUUCCUGAAGGAAAGAUGUUUCCAGAAUACCACCUCCCCCGUGCGGGUGUCCAAGGUGGUGAAGGGCGGGUCCUCGGGCAAAGGCACCUCCCUCAGGGGCCGCUCUGACGCCGACCUGGUCGUCUUCCUCACCAGUCUCACCAGUUUUGAGGAUCAGUUGACACGCCGGGGAGAAUUCAUCACUGAGAUCAGGACACAGCUGGAUGCAUGUCAAAGGGAGAAAUGGCUGGGUGUGGAGUUUGCGUUCCGCAAUCACUCCUGGGCCAACCCCCGAGCACUCAGCUUCAAGCUGAGCUCCUCUAGGCUUCAGGAGCAGAUAGAGUUUGACGUCCUGCCGGCCUUCGACACCCUGGGUCAUGUCACCAAUGACUACAAACCCCACCCCCAAAUCUACGUCAAACUCAUCAAGGAGUGCACCGCCCGGCAUAGAGAGGGCGAGUUCUCCACCUGCUUCACCGAGCUGCAGAGGAACUUCCUGAAGCAGCGGCCAACCAAGGUGAAGAGCCUCAUCCGCCUCGUCAAGUACUGGUACCAGCUGUGUAAGGAGGAGCUGGGGAAGCCGCUGCCGCCACAGUACGCCCUGGAGCUGCUGACCGUUCACGCGUGGGAAUGUGGUAGUGGCAGCACCAAAUUCAACACGGCCCAGGGGUUCCAGACCGUCUUAGAACUGGUCCUGGACCAUGAGCGUCUCUGCAUCUGCUGGGACAUGUACUACGAUUUGCAAGAUCCCUUCAUUUCUCACUACGUGGCUGGGCAGCUCAGCAAACAGAGGCCUGUGAUUCUGGAUCCAGCUGACCCCACGGGAAACGUGGGUGGAGGAGCAGAGGGCUGGCAUCGGCUGGCAGGAAAGGCGAGAUGCUGGCUGGACCUCCCGUGCGUGAAGACAUUCGAUGGGACCUGGGUGGGCUCCUGGGAUGUACCGAGGGAGAGUGCCGUGGCCUGUCGCGUACGCGCACAGGAGGGGAAGGAUGAUGCCUGGGCCUGCACCCUCCUGUGAUUUCAGCCAGCUGCCCAGGGCCCUGCCCCGUGGC